AUGUCGGCCAACGCUUCCGCCAACUCCUCGGACGGAGCACCCAGCGCCGGCUCCCGACUCUCGAGCUCCCCCUUUUCGCCACAUGCCACCGCCUUUGGUCCCGGUGCCAAUAUGUCCUUGAACCCUUCACGUCGCGUUCAUGGCAUCGCAUCGGACGGCCAGUCGCUCAGCAGUCGCGCAAGCUCGUUCACCUCUUCCGCAUUCGAUCAUGCGUCCGCCGCUAGCUCCAAGGAUGGAUCGACAGCUACGUCCGACCAGGCUUCUGUUUCAGCGCUUCCAAAGUUCAUGUCGACAAGUGCAAACGAGGCAGCUCACGCAGCAGCGGCUCAUCACAGCUUCAACGACCGCUUUCGAAGCACCGGCGACCACUCUCGAAACAGCAGUGGAGGUGCCAUCUCAAAUCCGAGUGUCGCUGCAGCUGCACCUUCAGCCGCGGGCUCCCGUCGCACCCAAUCGCCUUUUGCAGCCAACUCUAUCAACCCGCUUCAGCAGCAAUCUGACGUCGCCAGCCUCAACCACCACUCACCUACUUCUCUCGUCCCGCCACACGCCUCAGGUGAACAUCAGCGCGGACCGUCCCCCUCGUUCGGAUACCAUACGGAGACUCCGUACUGGGUCGUGCAGGAUAGCACCAGCGGAGGUGCGAGACCCUCUUUCGGACGUCAAUCGUUCUCCGAUGGUCCCUCCGUCCCGGCCGCCCAUCUCCUUUCUGCGGAUCUUGGUUCAGCAGCUAUGUCCGCGCGCUCCGGCUCCUUCUCUGGCAGCUACCCUGUCGCCGAUGCGAGUUUGCUUUCGGAUCCUGCCUACGCCCACGCGGCUGGCUUACUGGAUCCUCUGGUCGAUUCCGCACCAGCGCCCACCUCCGGUCCUCUCUCUGCCUCAGACCCACGCACGCAGUUGCUCGUGUCCAAUCUGCCCUACCGAGUCCGAUGGCAGGAUCUCAAGGACCUCUUUCGAAAAGCCGGCACGGUCCUUCGCGCUGACGUCUCUUUGAGUCCAGACAAUCGCAGUCGUGGCUAUGGUACCGUUCUCAUGGCCACGGAGCAAGAUGCGAUCAAAGCAGCCGACAUGCUGGGUGGCUUCACUUGGCAAGGCAGAACGCUCGACGUGCGUGUCGACCGAAGCGGCGCGCUUCUUGGUGUCGCCGGUAGCGCCGUCAUGCCCACCAUUGUGCCGCACGGCUUGGGCGGUGCUGCCUCCUCCUCCCCCAACGCAUUCGGCAACGGGCCACCAGCGCCGAGUCUCAACUCCUUCUCGCACGAUUCACACGGGGGCGCUCAACAGUACCUUGGCGUACCAGGUGGCAGCCUUGGAAGCAGUCAAGGCCCAACGUCUGGCUCCUUUUCGGGCGCGGCCUCCCCCUCUCCGCUCUCCGCACAUGCUCGUCUGGCCGAUCCUUCUCAGCCCAUCUCCUCUCGCGCAUCCUUCUCGGCGCAUUCCGAGGCCGGCCGGGACGGCGCUGGCGCUUUCCAGCAGUCUGAGCUUGAGCGAGCACUGCUGCAGGGACAGAGCCUGUCCAGCACUUCUGGCAAGGGAACACCGGAUCGUCAGCAGCCCGGCACCCAUUUCGAGCCCGGAUCUGCAGGACAAGCCCAACAUCGUGCGGUUUCCGCCGUGCAGUCGCUCAGUUCCCACGGGAUGGGCUCUCGUCGAGGAUCCGAAUCAGGUGUAGGCAUGGCCGGCGCUCCACAGUCCGGCGUGUGGGGCCCCAGCGUCACGGACGCGGCAUCCAGCAUGUAUUCGUCGAAUGCCGGCGGAUCCUCUGUGCCGACUGGCUUUCCCGGUGCCACGGCCAUGGCGCCUUGGCCGGCCGGACCAGGCUCCUUCGGAGCACCGGCCAUGGCAUCGGUGCAGUCGCAGCCGUUCAACUCGCAGAUGCCCACCACCUCGUACGCAGGCAGAGUGCUCUUCGUCGGCAAUCUGCCCUUCCACUGCCAAUGGCAAGAUCUCAAAGACCUCUUCCGCGCUGCUGGCAAUAUCCAGCGAGCGGAUGUCGCCAUCGGUCCCGAUGGCCGCAGUCGAGGAUUUGGUACUGUUCUGUUCACCUCUCAGGAGGACGCUCAGAACGCAGUGCGCUUGUAUCACGGCUACGAAUAUAGCGGUCGCACGCUCAAGGUGCACUUUGACCGAUUCGCCGCGCAGAACGGACCCGCCGUUGGCACGCCUGGCAAUCCAGCUCAGUACACUGGCGCUUUUGCCGCUGCAGCUCUGCCAUCGCACAUGACAAACAAUGUGCGCGCUCCGCCCGUCGUACCUCAAGCUCAGCAGCAGAGCAUGCAAGGCGGAUUCCAUCAACAGCAGUAUCAGUCACAAUUCCUGCAACAACAGCAGCAGCAGCAUCAGAAUAGGGCCGGCGCGCCCAGUCAAUUCUCGAUGUCGCAACAGCAGCAUCAAGGUCAGGCGUCGUUCGGCCAGUCGGCCUUCCAGCAGCAGAAUCCAGCUAUGUUCCAGUACUCUGCACAAUAUCAGCCUUCACUGCAAACUCGACAACAGCAGCAGGCAUCACAACAACAGCGACAGCACCAGAGGUACGGCCAGCAACACCAACAAUCGCAGCAGAUGGCAUCUGGCUUCUCUGCGUUUGCUGACGCUGGAAGAUCGAUGCAGGCGCCCACCUCACACGCGUCAUUCUCGGCGUUCAGUGUCCAAGGAAGCAAUUUGGGAGAUCGCCGUCCUUCCACUUCGCAGUCGUUCGGUCUCUUCGCUCAAUCGAAUGGGGACACGGAAGAGGAGAGCCAAACAGCAUCGUCGCGUGACAAGGAUCACGGCAUGUCGAUCGCCAUGCCCGUCAACGACUUCGGCGCCGCCUCGUCCUAUCUACCGUCGGAUCUCAUGUCUCCGGGCCUCGUCUCGCCGCCUGUGCCAACUCAGUACGAUCAGUCGGCAGGCGCGCAUCCGGGGCGUAUUCAGCUGCCCUCCUCUACAUUCGCCAACAGCUUCGGCGCGGCCUUGGGAGGCGCGCAAGCUAGUCAGAUGAGCCCUAUGACGGCAGGCAUGCAAGUGCCCAUGACUCUCGGCAUGCCUGGGUUCACCUUCCACCAGGUGGCCGAGACGCCCCCUCUCUAUCCUCAGUUUCUCAGCCCGGGCCUGGAUCCUUUCAGCCCCGUGACCGGCAGUGGCGCGCAGGAUGGCGGGCCCGAGCAGGGUGCUCCGAUGAAUGCCUCGACCGGCCUGACGCCCGGAGCACCCGUCGGCUACAAUCCCAUGUUCGCCAUGGCGGGUGGAUUCGGCGGCGCUUACGGCUCGAACCAGCAGCCAGCGACCCCUCACUGGUCCCAGCCCUCUGGCCCACGCAGACAAGGCGGAGGCGGCGUCCCAGCCGUGCCUCGCCGUUCUAUCGUUGCGCACAACCCGGAUGCUGACGAAGUGGUAGACAGCAACCGAUUGAGUAUCGCGAAGACGCCCGGUGCAGGCCCUCGACGUCCCUCGCACGCCGACGUCGGCAACCAUAGUCUGCAUUCCCGACGAGCGUCUGACGGAACACCGGCCGCGGUCGAGCCCUCGAUGAGCGACGGCUAUCCAUUCCCCCUGGUUGCUGCCGGUAACGUCUCGCACCUCACUCGACGUGCGUCGAUGGACUCGCCAGCGCAGACGCCACUCGCAUCAGGUCCCUCGGCAACCAGCGGCAGCGCCCAGGAUGUCAAUAGCGCAGGAUCGAUGGGCUCUGACGUGCCAUCAGGCGAGAUACUUGCUGGCACCAGCGCCGAAGAGCUGGCCAACACGAUCGCCCGACUCAGCGUCAAGGGCACCGCGCUGGCCCGGGACUCAUCCUCGCGCCGCAGCGUCAGCAUGACAGCCGAACGCACUGCCGCCGCAUCGGCUAUGGCCAAGCUUCGCGGCAAGGCUGGCACGCCCACACCUCCAGCUGUGGACGAAAGCUCUGGUGCGACCGGACUCGGUGCUCCCUUCGCCGAGUCGACACAGCAGCAGCCACCCCGACUCGGGCUGGAAGGGAGAACUCACGAGUCCAGCCCGCUCGGCAAGACAGAGCGGUUGCUCGGCCUGCGUGUCUCCAGCUCGGCCCUCGAUGGGUCCGCGCUCGACACAGGUUCAGACGCCGGCGCGAACGGGGCCGGCUCACGAUAG